AUAAUCAUAAUACACUAACUAACAUGCUUUAAUGUGCAUUUUAGAUUUGAUUCAGAUGUGCUGAUCAUAUACAAUCUCAUUAUUUAAACGUCUAACCCUUCAUAAGUGCAACACAGACCAUUCUGCUGCUACUCAAAUGUUACGUUACUUAACACUACCACGGAUCAGUAAAAAGAAAUACUUCAGUUAUUGAGAAAAAAACUUUUUUAAAAAGCAGUUGUUGUGAGUGCAAGUGGUUGUUUUCUGUGAAUUGCUUUAGUUUGUGUUUGCUUACUUUGUGUGUGUGUGUGUGUGUUGUGUGUGUGUGGGGGUGUAGUUAGAAUUUUGUGCAGUUGUAAAAUCAAAUCAAAACAUUCCACUAUGAUGCAAAUGUGAUGUCAUCCCCGUUGAUGCAAUGGUCAAAGGAUCAAAAGCCACACACACAUUCCUGUGAUCUGUGAUCCCAUCGCAUGUACUGUAACCGGUAGUGAAGCCUCUCAGAACCCCAUUUGAAUUAUAGCAGACACAAGAGGCGCAGACACUGAGUUUCUUGACCCGAAAAUAAAAAAAAACGGUCCGAGAUCACCACCCGGAAAGAUGAGCACAAUUUCUUGAGGAACUCUUGCUCUUGGGCAAAAUGGCAGGAAAGUACGGCGUGCUAGGCAAAGCUGGCGACGUUCCCCACCUGCUCAAAAAGGAGAAAACCUAUCCAGCCAGGGAUCAGCUGCAGUCGAAGGUGUUUGUGGAUGAUGAUCCUCUGAGAGACUUUGACCCGCUUCUUUCCCACCCUGCUCUCGCUGGUUACUCCUUGUUAGGAAAAUCUACUCCACUGAGCCAGAAGCAUCCAUCAGUAGCACAAAGUACAUCGGCUCCACAACUCCAACAUCCUGUCACACGGUUCAUGGAGAGGAAGGUGUUCCCAGUGCUGUUGCCUGGACUGGAGGCUUUGUUGGGAGAAGCUGUGACACACGGCUGUUUCAAGCGGAAAGUAACAGCAUUCAACCCAUGUGACUUCCUAACUGAGUGGCUUUACAACCAUAACCCCCGCAGGCAAGGACAGGCCCCAGUGAACAUGUGUGACAUCCCCUUUGUCAAGGACUGGCUCAGCAUGCACCCCAGACGUCCCGUCCCUCUGUUUCUACUGCUGAGUGAGGAACAGGCUGCUCUGCUCAUUCAGGCUUUCUGGAGGGGAUACAAGAUCAGAGCCUGUCCAGAUGUGCAGGAGCUGCGCCAGUGGCAAAAACAACUGAGAGAGAAGCACGACAUUGCCAGAACUGUCAAGCAGUUCUGGGCCAAACAGGAGAGCCGAGUGGGCUCAGCCAUGACAGAUCUUCCAGAAAGCCCUCAGCCUGGUAACUCUGAUGUGUCCAUCCAAGUGGUUUCCCCCACCCCCCAGAGCACCGUGGUCCACACCCCCACCACCCAGAUGGCCCUCGAGGCUGAUGAAUGGCUGACCCCCAGCUUGUGGCCUCCACACCACCACUAAAUAAUUUCCUGGCUGACAAAUCCCUGACUGCAGUGUCUCCGUCGUUACUUGGACAUCACAACCUGAGCUAGGCUGGAGGCACUUAUAACAGAAGUCAUUUGCUCAGUCUACGAGGCAUUUCUGGUGUGUAACAGCUAUUAAACUCUGUUAGGUUGAUGUCAAACUGACCAAAGUGAUCAGUCAAACAAGUCUUUAAAAACGUCCGUAACCACGGAUAUGGCCAGGCAGGGAUUUAAAGACCUGUGUCCAAUCAGCUGAUGGCUUUCAUUGCCUUGUAUGAUGGAUCACUUUUUCAGGAGUCUCACCCAUCAAAUGAACACCACGUAGUAUGUUUCACAUAUGAUGCGGUUGGGAGUGAAAGCUCUUGUAAAAUUCUUAAUAUUUCCUCAAAGCACCUCUGGCUGAUAGCUCACUGGGAGAUAACCAGUCACAUUUCGUUGUCAUUUCCUUUUUCGUCAGCAGUUCAUAGCGUUUUCCAUUCGAGCCUGGAACUGAGGGCAAUGUGAAAAGGUGACUCAUUGUGCAGAGCAGCACUUUCUCUUCUGGUUAUCAGAAAAGGAAAUUACCUUGUCAAGGAAACUUGAAUUUUUUUUAUUUUUUUUUAAAAGGUAUUCACUUGUGGCUGACUGACAGUUAUCUGAUAGAGAAGGAAAAAUUAAUGUCUAAGAUACUCUUUAGAACUCACUAUUUUGCAAAUGAUAAUAACCCUGUUAUAUAUCCCAUCUUCGGUAAUGCAAUAUAUUAUGCCCUAUUUAAAAAUUAAUAUUCUAAUAUUUGUAUGUGUAUGUUAUGAUAAAGACGCAACCAAUCACAGAUGAAAGACUAUUUAUUUAAAUUGUUUAUAAUAGAUCAGGAACCUGUUUACUUGUUACAAUUUCCAAGAUACAAAAGUUGUGUGAUAAUUUGAGGCAUGGCUUAAUGCAAGAAUCACACAUCAAAUACCAACAUCACGAUAGAUAGCCCGUAUACACAUCUGUAAUUACAAGAAUUUGACACUAAAUGAUGGUGUCAAUGCUUGAUAUUUUUAGUGUCUGCUGUUUUAGUCAUUUGUACACAUUUUUGUGUAUUCCCACAAAUAGCACAGUUUGAAUAUUUGACAGUUUUGUCUUUGUGCCAGGUACCGAUCAAACACAAUCUUAAAUGUCAAGGAUCAGCCUUGGAAAGUUCAAAUUUUAUCUGCAAAACAUUCUGGAUUAAAAAAAUAUGCAUGCUGCUCAA